GGGUGGCAGGUAGUAAGUGGAAGAGGAGAAUGUUUCUGUCUCUUCCUACAUUGAUCUCCUUAGCAGGACUGUUCUACUCAGCCUCCGUGGAAGAAGACUUCCCACAGGGCUGCACCAGCACCGCCAGCCUGUGCUUUUACAGUCUGCUCUUGCCCAUCACCAUACCAGUGUAUGUGUUCUUCCACCUGUGGACUUGGAUGGGUAUUAAGCUCUUCAGGCAUAAUUAAUGCACCCAGAGCCAAGAUGGGAUAUACAUUAAUGAUAAGUCUUGAGUGUCUAGCUCAACUGCAUGAAAAUACUGGGAGCCCACUUAAUUUUCAGGGAAGAUGCUGUGCCUUGCUUCUGUCAGAGGCUGAGGACUGUGGGAGGCGUACACUGCAGAAGCUUCUUUCAUUAUACUUUGGUUCUGCCCUUGUUUUUUGAAGGUUCUAAUUUAUGACUGCUGUGUCAGAAGAAACGUUUCAACACAGUGUCUUAUUGGAAAUUAACAAUACCAACCAUCACCUAAUGGCUUUUCUUAUCC